GCGCAUAUAGCUGGGGUCCUCGCCAUCCGGGAUUCAUCUAGAUUUAAACGUACAGGUGAUUUAUUGCUUUGUCUAGUGCAACAUUGUAAUAAGGUUUGAUAAGAAUUUCGUGUUUUUAUCAAACCCAAGGUCGCUUGUAGGUCACCAAACACGAAAAAAUGGAAAAACUUGGUGAGGAAAAUUUGCCAAAAGAGGAGGUAACUACGGACUCCAAAAAAGAAAAUGGCGUAGAGAAUGAUCAAGAAGAACCAAAGGUUGAAACUAAUAGCCAAUCUGAUAACUCGGCUAGUAGCUCUGCUAGCUCAACGACGCAACAAGCUCGACGAAACGAGCUGCAAAAUGCUAGCUCAACUUCUAAUAAUCGAGCUACAAGAGCUACACGAACUAGGAGAAAUAACACCAGAUCACGGCGCAACCAUCAUUCACAUGAUCACCUCAUUACUGAGGGCUUACAUUUGGAUGGUUCUACAUUCCUCUUUGAUCGCGUACCAGAUAUGUUUGUGAGAGUGUCUCAGCCACUGUCCCAGUCAAAUAUUUACGAGUUAAUUUUCACUCGAUUUUCCCUUGAAUCUUAUCGAGCUGAUGCCGACGCCCUCUCAGAAUUUGAUAAUUUUACUCUGGAACACGAAAUUUUACCAGGGUUCGAGCCGUUCUGCGCUACGCCUGAUUGCAACUGCGAUAUGUAAAUAAAAAUUGUGUUCUACACGAUUUUUAACCGAUCGCAAACUACAACUUUGGCACUAUUUAUGUCUUAACAAUACGUUUUAUUGUUUAUUGCGCUUCAAUUGACAGACUCGUCAGAAUUUAAAGAUUAACUUCACCAUAGACACACGGAAUUGCUCUAGCUCGUCAAACUCUGUGAACUGCCAGCUAAAAGUAUGUUUAUAAAACAAUAGGAUAGUUGACUCAUAUCAAAUUUAAUAUAAACAAUAUUAAUUACUUAAAAUACAUGGAAUAAGGGUCUGUAAUAUAUCGAUAUUAAAAUCAAUAAAAGUUCAGGAUUUUGUAGAAAACUUAAUAAAUGUCAAACUUAUUAAUAACUUAUUAAUAAUUUUGCCCAAUACUUAACCUUUUGGUUAAGGUUUAGUAUUUACGUGACGUCAUGAAACGAUAUAGACCAUACAUCAUAGCUGACAGCGUUUUGACUCGUUGUGACAAAAAAAAUAUUUAAAAAUUAAUGUUUUUAUGAAUUCGCGUGUAAAAAAAUAUGAUAUUUUUUUUAAUCAAAUCAAAGAUAAUAAACAAUUUAAGACCAUUUUAAAAAAGUGUCAACUAGGCUUUUGUCAGAGUUUAUGAUGACCAGAUGUCUAUCAUUUUAUAAAAGCUAAAUUUGUCUCAUGUUCGUAACAUCUCCUGGUUUUGAAUUAGUGGUGGAUUUUACCUAACUGGUGUAACGGCUCAUAAUGAAUAAUGUCCUUCCAAUCCCACCAUACACACAGCAUCACCUUGUUGCGAGUUAACCCAGGUUUCGCCACAGUCUAUCCAUGAGGAUUUCCCCACGUAAAAAAAAAAAAAAGGUUUCGCCACAGUCUGUGAAUCCUGACCGGCAUUUGACCACGAUCUUUUUCGCACGUUCUUGUCGUAUGUGAUUCACUUUUCAUCACCAGUUAUCAGCUGCUUCAAAAUUGUUUUGGUUUCAUUACGUCGUAAUAAAGAAUUACAAAUGAGUACACGGUCCAUUAAGUUUUUUUCAGUGAGCUCAUGAGGCUCCCAAAUAUCGAGCUUUUUUGUGUACCCAGCUUUUUGUCAACUAAUAAGCCAAUCUUGCUCCAUUUUUUCAAAAAUGGCAUAAAUUUUUAUCGUAGCAGGGUAACCAUAGUGACACGCAUCUUUAAUAACACCAUUUUUAGAUUGAAAACGUUUAACCAAGUUUUCGCUACACUCACUGAUACUGCAUUAGGUCCAUAAACAUCACAAUUUUUUUUCGCAGCUUGUGUUGCAUUUUUGCCUUUUGUGUAGUAAAAUUUUAAAAUGUUUCAAAUUUCUUCAUUAGAUCCACUCAUUUUAACAAUAACAAUAAUGAAAAUCACACAUUUUCCUAAUUUGAAUUUGGAAUUGUCUUCUUUAAAAUGAAAACUUCUUCUUAAUUUAAAGUUCAUACUUACUUUAAGCGAAAAAUUUCUUCCCCAACCUUGUACUUAAAUGUAAAAUUUAUAUUAUUUAAAUUUUACAUUUAAGUAUUGACCAAGUCUUCUCUAUUAGACUAUUAGGAAGUUCGUUGUAGAUUUUUACUGCCAUUCAUAAUGUACUCUUGGUGAACACUGUCAAUCCUGUAGGGGUCUAACCAAUCGAUUUUUUUGGCAUGUUCUCAGGUUUUGCGUUGUUGGUGUGAACAGAGAAUAGACACUAGUUCUUUUUCACGAAAAGAAACAUUUGACAAAUGUACUGACUAAGUACAACCCCAAGAAUUUUUUUUACGACUUUGUUCACAUGUUUUAUUGUCGGUACAUACUCAUGCUAAUUUAUAGCUUUCUAGUAGUAAUAAUCUCUGCGCUAAAUCGCGGACAGACGGACGGACAGUUGAUGCUCGUGACAUGGCGAAACUAUAAGGGUUCCUUGUGGACUACGGAAACCUAAAAAUCUGACGCUUUGUACUUGGACUGUCAAGUGUCUGUUUCCUAACGGUUCCCUAGAAAUAUAGUACCUCCAAAAACCAUCGCGUCUCUAAUUCCUUAGUGUUCAUUUACACGAGCAACUGCUACCGACGACCGCAGUCGACAGCAGUCGUCAGUAGCAAUUGCUGGUCGUAAAUGAACCCUUAUAUGCCUACGGUACCUAUAAGCUUGUCAGCCGAUACACCUAGUACUUUCAGCUUUUAUAAAAUCCUAAUAGUUUGGUUAUCAAAGAAUAAUCGAAAACAUCUAGUAAAUUUUGUUACCAUCUAAUUCUCAUUCUUUAUGAAUCUUUACUUUUAUUUGAGCUAGUCUUGAUUUAUAACUAUUUCUUUCCUAAUAUUUGUUAUUUAUCUCACUUUAAUGAAGCCAAAGCUUGAAAUAUUACUUAUGUAUGUCCGCAGGUAUUCAGUACCGCAUUGGUGUCAAUGUUAUUGAUGUUGUACAUGCUUGUAGAUGUUUUCCAGUAGGCAAAUUUGCAUAAGGGUAAAUCAGAUUUAUUUAUUCAGUUAUUUGUUGAUAAAUUUAUGUUUAUUUUCGAAUGCAGCUCGCUUCUCAUCUUUUGCUUACAUACGCAUUUUGUAUUAUAGGUAGGUAGGUAGGUAGGUAGGUAAAAAAAUGUUAGGUCAUUACUACAAUCAAGAAACAAAAAAAUAUUCUACACAAUUAUUUUGUGUAUGAUGUAGUUUCUUAUCUGUAAAAAUUUUGUAUGAUGGUCUUAAAGAUUAUACAAAAAGAAAAAAGAAUAGAUCACGGAGAGCACCUACCUUAAUUUGGUUUUGACGGAAAGUAUCAAUGUUUUACUUUUAAAUUUUACACUUUUGAAUUUAUGUUUGUAAUAAAUCAGUUGUUAAAUUUGGAAACUACAACUUUUUAGAAUUCAAGUUAGUAGUAGGUAAUAAGUACAUACCUAAGAAAACAAAACGGUCUAAAUUUUAUAUUUUUGGUUAUUAACAACCCAUUUUCUAACUGUUUAGAUAAGUAGGUAAUUGUUGUAUCCGAUGAAGUUGUACCUAUUAUUAUUUUUAUAUUGAUAUACAAAAUGGAUUAUAAUGUUUUCAAUUACGAAGGUACAAUUCAAUUCUCAUUAUUUCUAUUAGUGAAAUAAUUUUAUUUAUUUUUUGUACAAUCCUGUGAGGAAUUUUGAAGAAUAUUGUUAUUAAAUUUCUGAGAUGUAUUAUCUAUUUUUACGACUUGAUUUAUGAAUCUCUAUUUUGUCAGAUUAAA